AAUUAAUUAAAAAAAACAAUUAUAAUGUUACCACACGUUUGUACUACUCAUCAGUGCCUGGAAUCGCUAUCCAAACCUGUAUUUCCUAAUAGUUAUAUUGAUCACCGAUACGAUGGUGUCGAUCGGGUUAACCUAUAUUUCAACGAAUUGAACAAUAGGUACGACCAUAUUAUACGGCCAUCAACUGAGCGACGUAUAGCCGACUUUCGUAAACGUCAGGACAGGGCUAUGAAUAAUCUGAACGAUUCGCGGCUCCGGUACUAUCAGAACAGGAAUAUUGAACGCCGGGGUGAACUGAUUGAUGGUUUACAAAGGCAUACCAUUGCCCAUCAUAGGAAUCGUAUCUAAAAAAUCAAACAUACAGUUCCUCUCUAUUGUGUUUUAUAUGAGGGGGAGGGGGCAAACCCCCCCCUCCAUCCUACACAAACUUAUGGUAUAAAAUAAUAUAAGUUUUUUUGUUUGUUUAAAUCAAACAAUUAAUAUUUGCUACGAUUUUUUUUGAUGCUAUUAUUAUUAUUAUUAU